GAGAUGGCAGUAAUGUAUAUUUCUUGCUUCUGACUAAGAACUGGAGAAGAAGAGAACAACUCGGUGGAGGUAAGGUGCACCAUGUCUACGGUCACACGGCGCCAGUAUAAAAAAACCAUAACGAAAUGUUAGCUAGCUAUUUGCUUGGCAGUUUAAAUUCCCAAACUCAGUUUCAGCAUUCUCUCUGGUCCUCCCCUUAAAGAAAGUGGACUCGUCCAACAUGAAAGGCUUUGACAUCCACUCCGCUGCUGGAGUUGCAAUGACAUAAUGCAGUCGAACAGGUCUGAGUACAGUCACAAGCGGCAGUACAAUGACAAAACCUCAAGGCAAUGGGAAGACUAUAACGACGGAUGGGAAGAAAGGCGUGAACCUUACAGACAUAUAGCGCAGGAUUCCUAUCAGAAAUAUGGCGGGGAUGGACAGAGUAGCACCGAGAGGACAGGUAGAAGCAGAGAGUACAGUGACUCGCCUAAGAUGCUGUACAGUAAAGAUGCAAUGAACAGAGACUGGGGCAGAAAGAGUUCCGCGAGGAGACGCACGUCUUCCCCUGUUUGGGGCACUUGUGAGAAGAAAAGGAGAAGGUGUACAGAAGAUAAGGAUGAUUACAUGUACAGGCGUGAGCCUGAGGAUGAAACAGACAGACAAUCGCCAGACAGUUUUUCAAGUGCACAUGUAACCAAGGAUUUUAAACAUACACUACCAGAGAAAGAGGACAUCAGAUAUAGGAAAACACCUCAAGACUCCAAACACAGAUAUCGGCAUAAGGAGUUCACUUAUAGGCAACAACCUGAUGACUGCAGACAAUCGUCUGGAUACUACAAAGGCAGAGAUGGUCAGGAAAGGAGCCAAGACGUUUCACAAGAGAGGACACAAUCCCAAGAUUCCUCUACAAAGAGUUUUACCAACCCCAGAGAGAGGGCUGACGGCCCCGCUGCAGAUCAUAAGGAUUAUCGUCAAAGGUUUCCCCUGAAUGAACCUAGUGGGCAGUCUUUCGAGAGGGCGGUCAGCAGCCAAAGUGCUGCUGUUCCUGAGCAAAAGAAGUCGGCCAUGGGUUUUCAGCGAUUCCUUGAUGUGCUCAACAAGGGUGUGAAUGUUACUGUGCUCAACAAGAUAGUGGCCCAGACCACCACCGAAGUGAGUGAUCCACCACGCUCUCCAACUCCUGUCAAGAACACCAAUCGUCCGUGGUCUCCUGGUUAUGUUGGGGGACAACAGGGAAGCCACCAAAAUACCAGCCACUGGAGCAAGUGCGAAAGAUCCCAGAGACUGACGUCUCCAAAACCUCACCACAGGUCCUUCAGCCCUGAGGGCCGCGCUCCGUCUGAUGAAAAGUGUCUGCAGAGGGCUGACGGAGAACAAAGCUACUUUAGCUCCAACAGUAGACCCGUGUCUCCCUCACUGUUGGGAAAGGUAACACUGACACCUGAAGAAGAGCACAAGCACAGGCAAAUGCAAGAUGUCUUACAGGCCAUUGGCAUUGAUUUAGGAUCCGAAGAACUGGGCCAGAUGUCACAUCGGAUCCAUGAGCGAUUAUAUGGAAAGAAGGAUUAUGACGUGGGGCGCCAUCGUAGAGGAAGCCGGGAAAGAGACACUAGGCCAGCGUUUUCACCUAGACCGCUAAGUCGAUCAUCGUCAUCGAGCCGAUCUAGUUUUAGCCUGGUAAAUCGUGAAUAUCACCAGAAAAAAGACUUGUUUAGUGCUCAGAGGGAUGAAACCGAGGUACAACAGAUACAGGUGCAUGAAUCUGUUGGAUAUGGCCGGAAUAGCAGCAGUGGCACUUCACAGGAGAGUCAGAAAUGUGAAUCUUACUCCCAGGAAAGUACUGCUGCAUGUCCAUCAUUUUCUCAUAAUUCCUCUUACACUUUAUCAACGUCAUCCCCUACACCCGUAAUGCCGAAUUACUCCCCAGUAAACCGUUCACCGCUGAUGCCAUACCCAGCUCUGCCCCCAGCUCUGCCCCCCCCUAACUUGCCCCACCUUGGUCCCAGGUUUUUCAUGCCUAACCUGCCUCCCUUCUUACCUUACCCCCUUGCCCCACCUUUGAACAUCUUUCCUGCACUACUCGCUCAAACACGGAACCUUAUCAAUCCAAGCAAUCCACCCUUUUUUAACCUGCCAGGUAAUACACCGACUCAGUAUAUGAACACCACACAAAAAUCAAAAACUCUGUCAAGGCCUCGCUGUCUGCAGGUUAUUGAAACCAAACAACCUGGAUGAGGUGCGUUGCAUAGCGGGAAUAUCUGACUGACUGAUAAAGUUGACAAGUUAUGUUUUGUAUGGAGAAUAGUACAAUAUCACCUCAAAAUAAACCGUUGGGCCUUUAUGGCGUUCUGUUUUAACUACAAAACACAUUUGAAAAUCACCUCACAGAAAAUGAACAACACACAUCCUGUCCAGCAGAAACAAAAAGCAA